UUAUUUUGGGAGUAAAAGUCCCAACACGAAAUAUCUCCUCCCUCCCGCCCGCGUUCCCCAUUUCCCCUUCCUACUACCCUGCUCUCUAACUCUAGCUCUACCCGAGGCUAUCGCCUUCUCUGAUUCUCCCCAUUCUCUCCCCCAAUCUCCCCUCCUCUUCCCCGCCCCAGAUCGUAUCUGGCUAUCUGCACCUGUUCCUCUGCGAUUUGGGCUCGUCUUGUCUCCUGGUGCCUCAAAAGCUCGCGCCUUUACAAGGUUGAAAGGCCACAAAUCAGAGGGGAAUUCGGAGCGCAACCAGGGGGCAAAAGGUCGCGAGGUUUUCUUCGUCCAAAGCUGAGCGCUUUUGCUGAUCUCCUUUGCAGAAAUCGCUUGCUUUGUGUGGGAAAGUCGGAUCUUUGCAGCAGAUUCGGGUUUGAAAUCUGUGUGAGAGUCGACGAACAGGAUUUGGAUAGGCAGGCUCACUCUGAAGAUCUUGAUCACCACAAGAAAUUUCCAGUUAUUGUGCCUUUUCACUGGACAUGUCCUUCCGCAGCAUAGUUCGUGAUGUUAAGGAAAGCUUUGGUAGCUUAUCAAGACGGAGUUUUGAGGUUAGAAUUUCUGGUCUGCCUGGUCUUGGUCAUCACAGAGGGAAAUCUGUUGGAUCUCUGAGCAACCUGCACGAUAGACCUAUAGUAGUUGAUCAAAGCAGGUGGGUUGGUCUUCCUCCCGAAUUGCUUCGAGAUGUAAUGAAAAGGCUUGAGGAAGGUGAGAGCACUUGGCCAUCCCGCAAAGAUGUUGUUGCUUGCGCAGCAGUUUGCGGAACAUGGAGAGAGAUAUGUAAGGAUAUAGUGCCCAGUCCAGAAUUUUGUGGAAAGCUCACUUUCCCGGUGUCACUUAAACAGCCGGGACCUAGAGAUGAAAUGAUACAGUGUUUUGUAAAAAGGGACAAAUCAACAUCAACUUAUUAUCUUUACCUAUGUCUUAGCCCUGCUGUCCUCAGCGAGAAUGGAAAAUUUCUACUAGCAGCUAAGAGGAAUCGCCGUACAACCUAUACUGAGUACAUCAUUUCUAUGGAUCCUAAAAAUAUAUCACGUUCAAGUAAUGGCUAUGUUGGAAAAAUGAGGUCAAAUUUUCUUGGCACCAAAUUCGUCGUGUACGACACUCAGCCGCCAUACAAUGCUGGGAGCCUUGUUUCGUGUGGACGCAGCAGCCGUAGAAUCUCCUCUAGGAGGGUUUCCCCCAAGGUACCCACUGCUAGCUAUCCUAUUGCCCAGGUGAACUAUGAGCUAAAUGUGCUUGGCACAAGGGGGCCCAGGCGUAUGAAUUGCACCAUGCAUUCCAUCCCAGCCUCAGCAAUGGAACCUGAAGGCAUGGUACCUUGCCAACCCAAGCAGCUCUUCCUCCCCGCCUCGUCUUCCUACGAAGAAUCCUUUCGCAGUGCAAACACCUCUUCCAGCUCAAGGUUCUCGGUUACAGAUCGCUCCUUGGACUUCAGCUCCUCUCGCUUCUCAGAAGUAAGCGGGGUGAUCCAGCAAAAUGAGGAUGAUGGUCAGGCCAAGGAGAGGCCUUUGGUUCUCCGCAAUAAAGAGCCAAGGUGGCAUGAGCAGCUGCAAUGUUGGUGCCUCAACUUCCGUGGUCGGGUGACCGUGGCUUCUGUGAAGAACUUCCAGUUGAUAGCUGCGCCACAGCUAGAUGCUGUGCCCUCUGAAUCAUCGCAGCAGGCUCAGCCUUCGAGUUCAUCUUCAGCAUCUGAUCAUGAUAAAGUGAUCCUGCAGUUUGGUAAGGUUGCCAAGGACAUGUUCACAAUGGACUACCGAUACCCGCUCUCAGCAUUCCAGGCCUUCACCAUCUGUUUGACGAGCUUCGACACCAAGCUGGCUUGUGAAUAGAUUAGAGAUGAGAACAGGCAUGUAGGGCAAUAAGUAUUUAUAUGUUGUGUGUGUGCUGGUGUAGUUUGUUGCCGUGGUUGAUUCAGUCAUUUGUUUGCCCUAGUGUGGUGUGGCUUGUCAAAGCUAAGAACCGGCAAUUGUUCUGAGCUGCAGGUGCUUGGUACAAAUUUUCAUGUCUGUAACUUGUAAUGGCAAAAUGUGCAGACAUUACCUCAAGUCUUCCAGGUUUCAAUUCCUUGAUGGUU